UGGAGGAAUCUGACCCUGGCAGUAGGGAAGACUGGCAAAGGGAUGAUUUCGAACGAAUUUGGUCGUUAUUACGGUUAGAUACCUGUUGAAUACAAGGGAAGUUCUCGUAUGAGUAUGACAUCAGGGAAGACUCGCAAAUGGAUCAUUUCGAACGAAUUUGGUCGUUAUUACGGUUAGAUACCUGUUGGAUACAAGGGAAGUUCUCGCAUUAGCACAUGACCAGGAUGAUGACCUCAGCUUCAACUUCACAACUCUUCCUCUUCACAGUCAUGGGAGCUGGGAUGAACCGUGCUCUGCAUAUUUACGCAGACAUCCCACUGCCCAUCCACUUCAACGUAUGCAGGUUCGUACUAGGCUUAGGCGAUAGAGAGAGACCACCUUCCAUAGGCCACCAUCUCUAUGCUUUACUGUCACCUUCCAUAGGCCACCAUCUCUAUGCUUCACUGUCACCGGAAGCCUUCUCGCUGGUAGGCAGUGUCGUCUCGGACCUGACUGCAUAUUGAAGAGUAGAUCUCGGAACGCCUUCUAUCUAUCUUUUUCACCACAGUGACUAUCUAUCCUUCACCACAGUAAUUCUUGUGCCGCUCUAUUUCUUCUUCUUCUUCUUGAAAGCACUACGCUACCGUAGCGGUGACUUUCUACGUCUUCCGGAAGGAGUGCAGCUCACUGAGCUCAGGUAAUACGACAUCGCUAGCUAGGACAGUUGAGCAUCCAAGGGUUUUUCUGUGCAACAGUGUGUGUAUCAAGAUGAAGGACGAGGUGCUUAUCGAGGAGAAGCCAACGUUGGCUGGGAUCGAGGUGGCCAAUGUCAACCCUUUGGGCCUGACUGCCUUUGCGCUCACCGCAUUCACCAUGUCCAUGUUCACCACGGGUCUGCUGCCGGAGUCUGUCAGCAACGUCGGCUUGGCGAUGGGCUACUUCUUCGGCGGGGCGGGCAUGCUUCUUGCGGGGGUGUGGGCGUUCUUUGCACGCAGCACCUUCGGCGCCACGGCCUACUGCUCCUACGGCUUCUACUUCCUCGCGUACACCUACUACACGGUGGAGAUGGAGAAAGACGCGGCCAACCCCGACAAGACCCACGUGGCGCUGGGCGUGUUCCUGCUGGGGUGGACCAUCUUCACGAUCUGCAUGACCAUCAUCUCGUACAGGACGUUCCGCGCUCUGUUCAUCAUGUUCGUCUUCCUGACGUUCGAUUACUUCUUCAACAUGGUAGGCGCAUGGGCGGACUCGACGAGCGCUACCAAGGCGGGAGGCUGGUUCGGCCUGAUGGCAGCGGCGACGGCCUUGUACUGCGCCAUGUCCAUAGUCGUAACGGACACGUGGAAGGAGGAGGUGCUGCCACUAGGACACUACAAGGCAUAGAGCCACGCGUACGAAGCACCACAAUCACCUCGACUGGACAAAUUGAGACAGCCGAGGAUGAGCAACAAGAACUUCAAGUAGAAGAGACUGCAGAGUAGAAGCUGAUUGGAGUAGGAUAAAGUCGGGCAAACGGCAUAGGAUAAACUCGCCAUUGAUAUAGUCUCAGUAAUGACAUACGUCGACAUUGAUAGUGACUGUCUUAGGAAUACAAGCUUUCCAAAGGCUAGGGAUCUUCCGGCGAGCAUAACGCACUCUGAAAAUGAAAUUCAAUGCACACAAGUAGUUGUUUACUUCUUUUUGGUCGCAAUUGCGGCCAGAUGCAUACAAGUACGGUCGUAAAUGUGGUCAGGUGCAUUUAAAAUAGUGGUACGAGUGAGCACGGCCUUAGAUUCGGUAACUCGCUUAUGCCUUUUUUUUUUUUUUUUUUUUUCUGGUUGGCGAUGGACGUAACGAGUGUGAGGUAGGCGAAGGACCGAAGGUGAGGUACGGGAGGGGUGUGUAGGUAGUUUAUCUUGCGGAUCGAUGAAAGUGCGGAGGACAAGCGAGCACCAAGGGGAAUUCAUGUAGCCUGGAUUUUCAGAAUCUGUUGGAUGUAAAUAUUUAAUUUUUUAUUGUUUUGACAAUUUGGGCUUUCCUUUGCGUCGAAGCUGACGCGCU